AUGUACAUUACGGUAAGGCCCCCAGUGAUACGUUCACAAUUAAAUCGACGACUGUUCUCUCACUCUCCUCUGAACAUUCUUUUCUUUGGAAGUGAUCAGUUCAGUAUCCACUCUUUGAAGGGUAUCAAUGAUUUAAGACAAGACGGAUCGAAAGUGGGAAAACUACAGGUGAUUGCUAGACCUCCAAAAUGGUGUGGGAGGAAGAAUUCGAUUUUAAGGUAUCCUCCAAUCGUAAAGGCAGCUGAAGAACUAGGACUUUCAUCGCCGUUACUAUGUGAUACUAAUGCCGAUUUAGUAAAUCUACGCCAAGUUGUCAAGGAUGGUCAAUACAAUAUGAUAAUUGCAGUUUCAUUCGGUAAGCUGAUACCGGGAAAGCUGAUCAAUGACGUUUUAUAUGCUUUAAACGUCCACCCUUCUUUACUACCACGAUACAAGGGCGCAUCUCCGAUCCAAUAUACCUUGUUAAAUCGCGAUGAAAAGACUGGUGUGACAGUUCAAACCUUGCAUCCUUCUAAAUUCGACCAAGGCUCGAUAGUUGCCAGGACCAAACCACUGAACGUUGAUCAAUUACUCGCCAAGGGCAUAACGAGUGAAUUUGAAGACGAUGUUCCUAUCAAGACAGCCAUCAUGAUGGAUCAGCUCGGUAUGGAAGGCUCGAAUGUUCUCAAAGAUGUGAUCACGCACGGCUUAUAUCUCAGAGAUUGCAACGAGACGACAGAGAUCGAGCCAAGCUAUGCUCCAAAAAUUACCACAGAAAUGAGACAGAUUAAUUGGGAAUCUGAUGAGCCUGAGUCCUUGUUAAACAAAUUACAAGUUCUAGGGCCGAUAUUUACUCAUAAACAAAUAACCACCAGAGAUGGGGUCACUGCUAAAAGAAUACUAUUUCAUGAUUUGAAGGUCGUUUCGCAGUGUCCUGAUGACCUGAAGAAGCCUGGUGAAUUUACGUUCGAUGAGUCGAAAAGAAAUCUUUACGUGAAGUGUAAAACAAAUUGUGUUCAAGUGAACAGUAUCCAAUUUGAGGGAUUCAAAGUAGAUAAUGCCAAGCAGUUCAUGACAAGCUUGCGGAAGAGGUGUGGUCCAGAAAUGGCCCAACAAAAGGUAUUUUUAUAA